GGCUUUGUCAGGGCUCAGUCUCUGCAGCUGUGGCCAGCAGAAGACAAGGGCGGUGCCAAGGAGGCAGGACCACCCACAAGACCCCAGGCGGGCCCGAUCAGACAGACCCUGGAAGCACAGCUCAGCUCUUGACAGCUGCUUGUUACCCUCUGGGGACCCAGUUGAGCUCCUGUGGAAGCUGUCCCUCUGACAGUGUGCCAGCCUCCAAGGUUGCCUCCUCAGGGCGACAGAAGGCACGGACUCCUCUUGUUUGUUUUAAAAUGACUUUCAGUCCCAAAGGAAGUCGUAUUUUCUAAACAGCUCCACUCCAAAUAGUCUGGGCAAGAGAUUUCCAAUAGACUGUUCUAGCCUCUUUUGGGCAGUCCCAGGAGGAAGCGGGCAUCUGUCUCUGAUAGCAACAGCAUUGGCUAACAGGAAGCUGGCAGCCUCCUAGCAGAGCCCAGUGAGUUUGGCCGUGAAGAUGGAAUUGGGUAGGAACUCUUCAACUCCCCAAGAAGCCAUUGCCCCUCUUGGGGUACUUGGUGCCGGGCCCAGAAGGUCCCCACUGGGGAAGCUUCAAGCACUUCCCAUUGGGCCAGGUGCCCAUCGAGGGGCUCCUGGCAGCCCAGCUUCAGCAGGGGACAGCUCUUUGGGGGAGCCAAGUGGUGCCAUGAAGAUCCCCAAUAGGGACAGUGGGAUUGACAGCCCAUCUUCCAGUGUGGCCAGUGAGAACUUCCCCUGUGAAGAGGGCAGUGGAGGCUCCCCAGGCCCUGCCAUACUGGAGCUACACUCUGAGACAGCUGUGGACAGCCAGGUCCCGCAAGACACCCCCCAGGAGGAGGAAGAUAGUGGUGUGGGUGAGGAACCUGACUCUAAGAUCACCCCUUCUGGGCCAGAGGAGAAUGUUGGCUUGACUCAGUGCUCUGACCCACAGAAGCUGCUGCACAUUGCCCAGGAGCUCCUGCACACAGAGGAAGCCUACGUGAGGCGUCUGCACUUGCUGGACCAGGUCUUCUGCACCAAGCUGACAGAAGCGGGGAUCCCUCCAGAAGUCACCACUGGCAUUUUCUCUAACAUCUCUUCCAUCUACCGUUUCCACGGGCAGUUCCUCCUGCCCGAACUACAGAAGAGGAUCACAGAGGAGUGGGACACCAUCCCUCGACUUGGAGACAUCCUGCAGAAACUGGCUCCAUUCCUGAAGAUGUACGGCGAGUACGUCAAGAACUUUGACCGGGCAAUGGGGCUGGUGAGCACAUGGACCCAGCGCUCUCUGCAGUUUAAGGACGUCAUCCACAGCAUCCAGAAGCAAGAGGUGUGCGGGAACUUGACGCUGCAGCAUCACAUGCUGGAGCCCGUGCAGAGGGUCCCCCGCUAUGAGCUGCUGCUCAAAGACUACCUGAAGAGACUCCCCAGGGAUGCCCCGGACCGGAAGGAUGCUGAGAGGUCCCUGGAGCUCAUCUCCACAGCCGCUGACCAUUCCAAUGCUGCCAUUCGGAAGAUGGAGAAAAUGCAUAAGCUCCUGGAGGUGUACGAGCAGCUGGGUGGGGAAGAGGACAUCGUCAACCCAGCCAAUGAGCUGAUCAAGGAGGGCAACAUCCAGAAAUUGUCAGCCAAGAAUGGCACCACUCAGGACCGACACCUCUUCUUGUUCAACAAUGUGAUGCUCUACUGUGUACCCAAACUAAGGCUCAUGGGCCAGAAGUUCAGUGUACGGGAGAAAAUGGACAUCUCUGAUCUCCAGGUGCAAGAUAUUGUGAAACCAAAUGCAGCACGCACAUUCAUCAUAACAGGAAGAAAAAGGUCCCUGGAGCUUCAGACUCGGACAGAAGAGGAGAAGAGAGAAUGGAUUCAGGUUAUUCAGGCCACUGUGGAGAAGCACAGACAGAAGAGUGAGACCUUCAGAGCCUUCAGCGGUGCCUGUAGCCUGGAUGAGGAACCCAGCCUGUCCCCAGACCAGCCUAUCAUGAGCGCCAGCUCUGUGGAAACUGCAGGGGUAGCCGACAGCAAUGGGGGUACUGCAGGGAUCGAGUCCACAAAGUUGUCCUCUAAAACAAGACGUGAUAAAGAGAAGCCCGGAUGUAAGAGCUGUGGUGAGACCUUCAACUCCAUCACCAAGAGGAGGUAUCGCUGCAAGCUGUGUGGCCAGGUCAUUUGUAGGAAGUGCUCCGAGUUCAAGGCUGAGAACAGUAAGCAAAGCCGUGUCUGCCGAGAAUGUUUCUUGGAAGAGCCCUUGGUCCCUGCAAGCCCUAGCUCUGAGACUCCCACUGAGCUCAAACAGAAUGCAGAGAAGCCUCCCUCUGUGGAACCUCGGCCCAGCCUGCUCUGCAGCACCCUGCGUCUGUCAGAAAACGGUACAACCUGGCGUGAAGUGUGGGCAGACAUCCCUGAGUCAGAUCCUCAGGUGCUAGACCUGCUGGCAGGCAGCCAGGCUGGCAGACUGCUGCACACCAUCCCUCUCUCCGGCUGUACUGUAACGGUGCCCGACCCUGCGGAGGGGCUGGAGGCAGGGUGUGUGUGGAAGCUGCAUUGGGGCCCACAGACCUGGUGGCUGAGCGCCCCCUCAACACAGCUGCAGCAGUGUUGGCUGGAAGUUCUGAGCACUGCUGCCUGUGGGGACACAGCUGGGGACAGACCAGGUGCCUCGCAGCCCCAAGCCUCGACAAGCAUCGACACUCCAUGAGCAGAGCCUCCUACUGUCCUUUCCAUUAUUGUGUGUGGCCUGUGUUCUUUUUGGGCUACUUUAGAAGUCACAUGAAGGAAUGAAGGACUUCCUGGGACCACUGAGGCUGGACUGAUGGCCCAGAGAAGAGUAGCAGUGGGCCCAAGAUCACUCCACAAGUCUGAGACACGAGUUGGGCUUCUGGCUCCAGCCCCAGCAUUGUGGUCAGAGCAGAGGAGAAUGGCCACUACAAAGCAAAUGUCAUCUCAGCCCUCAAAGGCACAAGGAGGCCAGGGGGCCACCGCCCAGCUGUGAUCAUGUCUAGCCUGAUGUGAUGUCACUCUGGGAAAGGCAGAGAUGUCUGACCUGGCCUUUGUCCAUCUUUGCACUGUGGGAGCUGGACCAUGGCCACUCCUCUGACCUCCACUCCUGCACUCUGCUCUCUCCUCAAGCAUUGCUCAUCCACUUACUGUUCCUGCUGAGCCCUUGAAGGGAAAGGAGUGAGGGCCUUCUUAUCCUACCAUUCCCAUAAGCCACACUCAGAGACUGUGGGGAGGCCAGCCCUCACCCCUGUGUGGCAGGCAGGUUUAUGAGAUUUCAGACUGGCUCCUCUAGGGGCAUGUGCCAUGCUUGCCAGAAUAAAGAAAUGCUGAAGUCGCGCGGUGGUGCACGCCUUUAAUCCCAGCACGCAGGAGGCAGAGC